AUGAGGGAUGAUUCUUUCUGGACGUUCGAUCCAUUCAUCCAGGAAUUGGAGAAUCCUGCAAGUGGUGUGUUCUACAGCCAGCAUGUGUGCAGACUUGAUCCUUCCCCCUCACCAAUCGCGGCAGCAUUUCAGCAUCUUUACGAAGACCCCGCAGCAUAUAACACAAUACAAGGACCAUCAGAAUUUACCAUUACCGGUAACUUCAAGGAUUGGGAGGGGUGGAAAGAAGCCCACAAUAUCAAUGUCCCAACUUUGCUCGUGAACGGAAAAUAUGACGAAGUUACAGAUUCUUGUGCCAGGACUUGGUUCAAUACCAUUCCUCGAAUUAGGUGGGUGACGCUAGAGAACUCGUCACAUAUGACUCACUUCGAAGAGUGA